AUGGCUGACACUGAAACCCUACCGGUCGGUAAGCGGAAAGCUGACCAGCCAGGCGGCGUGUCUGCUGAGAAUGGCGCGGCUGACGGCGACGAUGCAGAUCGUGCGGGGAAGCGGAGGCGGUGGGAUAGCGGAGCAGAUGGGGUGCAGAGCGGCGCCGACGGCGGACAGAAACCCGCGGAUGGUGGCGGAGCGGGGAUUUCCGCUCCCGCUGCUGGCGGAAAGAAGGUCCCGAGCGUCUCGCUGGAUGCGUUGGCCAAGGCGAAGAAGGCACUGCAGGUGCACAAGGAGCUCAAAGAAAAGCUCAAGAAGCUUCCUCAGCGCCCCGUGCCCCCCUCGGAGAAGCCCAAGCUGCCCAUUCCCGACGUCGAGUGGUGGGGGACGCGCUCAUCCUGGUCUCUAAUCAGUACCCCGAGGAGGGCGCUGCUGUGGAAGCAGUCGUUUUGGAUCACCAUCUACGUUGAACACCCCGUGCCCAUCGAGCCGCCUGCUGAGCCUUCCCUCCUUACCUCCCCUCCCCCUCACAGGGACGCCCUCAUCCUGGCGUCUAACCAGUACCCCGAGGAGGGUGCUGCUGUGCCAGCAGCCCUCAAAGCGUCCAAGAUCACCAUGUACGUCGAACACCCUGUGCCCAUCGAGCCACCUGCCGAAGCCCCCCCGCCGCCGCCGCAGCCGCUGCGGCUGACCAAGGGCGAGCAGAAGAAGCUGCGGACGCAGCGGCGCGUGGCGCGGGAGAAGGAGAGGCAGGAGAUGGUCCGACAGGGGUUGCUGGAACCUCCGAAAGCCAAGGUGAAGAUGAGCAACCUCAUGCGGGUGAUGGCUGCUGAAGCCACACAGGACCCCACGAAGAUGGAGAAGGAGGUGCGUGCUGCGGCGGCAGAGAGAGAGCAGGCUCAUGUGGACCGGAAUCUCGCGAGGAAACUGACCCCGGCGGAGCGGAGGGAGAAGAAGGAGAGGAAGCUGUUUGAGGAGACGCUAGGGGGAGGUGUGGGUGGUGGCGGGGAGACGCAUGUGGCGGUGUUUAAAGUGCGGCAUCUGCUGCACCCGCAGACGCGCUUCAAGGUGGAUGUGAAUGCGCAGGAGAAUAGGCUGACUGGGUGUGCGUUACUGGCUGAUUCGUUUGUGUUGGUGGUGGUGGAAGGCGUGAGCAAGUCGGUUAAGAGGUACUUGAAGCUGAUGAUGAGGAGGAUUCACUGGGCUGAUGCUGUGGCUCCUGGUGCAGCUGGGGAGGAGGAUGAGGGAAUGGGUGAAGGUGGGUUGAAGAAGGAGAACAAGUUCGCCAUGGGGAGGGGUGACGACGCCGAGAGGUACGAGGACGAAGGGCCAUACGAAGACGAAGACGAGGAGUACGAAGGCGGCCCUCGCGACGCGAAGGAUGAGCCCGACGAACGCGACGACCGUCGCGAAGUUCGCCACGACGAUCGCCGCGACAGGCGUGGUAGCCGCGAGGGACGGGAACCCCGUGGUUCCCGGGAGUUCCGUGGUCGGCGCGAUGAGGAUGAGGAAGAAGAGGGUGACGACGAAGAAUAUCGCGACGAUGAGUCACCGUACGGCGACAGGGGGGCAGAGCGCGCCAGACGCCCACGAGGAGACCGCGACAGAGCCAGAGGGGGGCCCAAGGACGAGGGGGAGGGGAGCGAGGAGGACGAGGAGGACGAGGAGGAAGGCGGGGAGAGGGACGUCGACCGCGACAGGCACAGGGACCGCGACCGCGUGAGCCGCGAGCGGCGGCAUUCGGAUCGCGGCAGAGGAAGCGGGGACAGGGACAGAGAUCGCGACGACCGCGAGUAUCGGGACAGAGACCGAGGCCAUCGCAGGGACAGAGACCGAGACUAUCGCCACCGGGACCGCGACCGCGACCGCGACAGGCGCAGCAGGCGUCGCGAUCGCUCUCGGUCGCGUUCCCGUUCGUAUUCGAGGUCGCGCUCUCGCUCCCGCUCCCGAGACAGGGAGAGACGCAGGCGCGCCAGCGGGUUCGACAUGGGCCCUGGUCCUUCUCUUGCAUCCGUGCCCGGGCUAGCAGGCCUGCUUUCUGGAGCUGGGGGAGCAGCGCCGGCAGCAGCACCAGCGCCAGCGGCACCAGCGCCGGCUGCUGCGCCUUCUGUGGGAACGCUGCCUCUCACGGGCGUCGCUGGCGCCAUGGCAGCGGGAUUCGCGGGGCUGCCAGGCAUGCAGGCAGUGCCCGGAUCCAUGUUCCCCAACAUGUUCCCCUUCGCUGCCACCGCUGCCCAGGGAGGCAUGCCAACGCAAGCCACUCGCCACGCCCGCCGGGUGUAUGUGGGCGGCCUCCCGCCCAUGGCAAACGAACAGAGCGUGGCGGCGUUCUUCAACAACGCCAUGGCGCUCGUCAAUGGCAACACCGCCGGCCCAGGCGACUGUGUGGUGUACGUGUACAUCAACCAGGAGAAGAAGUUUGCCUUUGUGGAGAUGCGCACAGUGGAGGAGGCCAGCAACGCCAUGGCCCUCGAUGGCAUCAACUUUGAGGGAGUGUCAGUGAGGGUGCGGCGGCCCAGCGACUACAACCCAUCAAUGGCGGCCACGCUCGGCCCCACGCAGCCCAGCCCCAACCUCAACCUCGCUGCCGUCGGCCUCACUGCCGGUGGUUCGGGCGGAGCGGACGGUCCAGAUCGCAUCUUCGUGGGUGGGCUGCCGUACUACCUCACGGAGGAGCAGAUCCGCGAGCUGCUCUCCUCCUUUGGUCCUCUACGGGCGUUUGACCUGGUGAAGGAUAGGGACACGGGAAACAGCAAGGGGUACGGCUUCUGUGUGUACCAGGACCCCAGUGUCACGGACAUCGCAUGCAUGGCGCUCAACGGCAUGAAGAUGGGCGACAAAACGCUCACCGUGCGCCGUGCCACAGCCAGUGGUCAGGCCAAGCCCGAGCAAGCCAAUGUGUUGGCGCAGGCUCAGCAGCAAAUCGCCCUGUCGCGCAUGGCCCUGACAGGUGCCAACACAGUGGGGCUAGGGGCGGCUGCUGCCCUGCCGGGUACUCCUGUUGACAUCCCCACCAAAGUCAUCUGCCUCUCACAGGUGGUGUCACCAGACGAGCUGACCAACGAUGAGGACUACGAUGAGAUCAUGGAGGACAUGCGAGAGGAGUGCGCUAAAUACGGUUCGCUUGUGAAUGUGGUUAUUCCUCGACCACCAGCAGCAGGCACAGCAGCUCCUGGGGUGGGCAUGGUAUUUGUUGAGUAUGGCGACACAGCAGGAGCCCUCAAGGCCAAGGCAGCCCUGCACGGCCGCAAGUUUGGAGGCAAUGCAGUGGUUGCUAUCUUUUACCCUGAGGAUGCCUAUGCGCGCGCUGAUUACUCCAAGUUCUAG